UUGUAAACUUCCGUCUGCUCCUUUUUCUUUGAAAAGUUUGCAAGUCAGCUGAUUUAUGUCAAAUAUGUCCAAACAAGAGGAUGGCAUGGACGAAGCCAUGUACAAAGUUUUAACAGCAGUUUUUAAGCACAAAGAAUUCAAGUCUAAACUCCAGAAACAAGCCACUCGAUGUGUUUUACACGGAAAUCAUGAUAUAUUCAUCUCCAUGCCAACUGGAGCAGGAAAGUCUCUAUGUUAUCAGUUGCCAGCAAGAGUGGGAAAAGUUGGUGUAACGUUGGUUAUCUCACCCUUGAUAGCACUGAUGCAGGAUCAGUUGGAUCAUUUAGAUCAGUUGAAAAUUCCGUCAGAAACACUAAACUCCAAACAGACUGUCACGGAAAAGAAACGUGUACUUGGCGACCUAAGCAGCGCCAAGCCCCGUACAAGACUCUUGUACAUCACCCCGGAACAGGCUGCCACUGACAGCUUCAAGGCAAUCAUUGACAGUCUCUUCAAGAAAAAACUCCUUAAAUACCUCAUUGUAGAUGAAGCUCAUUGUGUGUCCCAGUGGGGACAUGAUUUCAGACCAGACUACCUUAAACUGGGCCAGUUACGAAGGAAAAUGCCGGGUAUUCCGUGCGUUGCUCUUACAGCUACUGCCACAGCUCAGGUGGUUACAGACAUUGAGAAACAACUCCUGUUGAAAGCACCUGUUAAGAAGUUUAAAUCGAGCUGCUUCAGACCAAAUUUAUUUUAUGAUAUUGCUAUGAAAGAAGUGAUUGGUAAUCCAUAUGAAGACUUAAAUCAGUUUGCGAGAUCUGCUCUGAAUUGUUUAAAAGGAAAGGAAUCUGAGAUUGAAAAUUGGAGUGAGUUUGGGUGUGGCAUUGUAUACUGUAGAACAAGGAACGGCUGUGAUGAGGUAGCGUCUCACCUCAAUCAGCUGGGGAUCCCCUCCAAACCCUACCACGCUGGCCUGAAGAAUGACGUUAGAGAAGACGUUCAGUCGUCAUGGAUGGAAGGACGUUUUCCUAUCAUUGCAGCCACCAUCAGUUUUGGCAUGGGUGUGGAUAAAGCAAAUGUCAGGUUUGUUGCUCACUGGACCCUUCCCAAAUCUAUGGCUGGUUACUACCAGGAGUCCGGGCGGGCAGGACGAGAUGGACAGAAGUCUUAUUGUCGACUUUACUAUGCCAGGAAUGAGAGAGACACUGUAGCCUUUCUGAUACAGAAGGAGGCAACAAGGUUUAAAAAGGUUGACAAGGCAGUAAUAGCUGAAAAACAGAAAGCUGCCCAAAAGAGUUUUGAGGCAUUAGUCAAGUAUUGUGAGGAUCAAGAUUGUAGGCACUGGUCCAUAGCUCGGUACUUUGGGGAUGUGAAGCCAGACUGUGAGGGGGCUUGUGACGUAUGUAAAGAUCCAAAGAGGGUGGCUAAGGCAGUCCGCGACCUCCAGACCGGCUCCUAUGGUAACUUCAAUAACAAGAAGGGUGGUGGAGGAGGCAUCUACUUCUAUGAGGAUGAUGACGAGGAUGAUCCUGGCAUGUACGGGGGAGGCAGAAGAGGAGCAAAGAGCGAAUAUGACACCUAUAGCCGGUCAUUUGAAAAUGGGGCUGAUGAUGACGAUGAUGCAGCGUUCAAAAGAGAGAGAAAGGAACAAGUAGAGAAAAAACAGAGACACAAUUUCAUUAUGAGAGAAUUCAAAAAAAGAAAGGGGGGUGUAGAAGACAACUCAGCCUCUACAACUACAGAACAGCCUAUUGAGGAACCAGACCCAGAUUGCCCGCUCAGAGACGCUGCCAGUAGCAGAAUACCAAAACUUACCGUCAAGGGCCGCGAGUAUUGUAUGGGUAUGAUCGAGAAGGCGCUGAGAGACAACUUCUGCCAGUAUUACCAGGAGGUUCCCCAUAAGCUUGUAGGGCAGGACUACGAACCUAGGUGUGCUGCCAUUGACCUCGAGUAUGAUCUGUUCAAGGUCAACAAGAUGGCCAACAUCUACAAAGCUGCAGUAAUGAAGAUGGCAAAUGAGAUCAAGAAAUGUACAUCUUCUAAAGAUCUCCACUUGUCACUGGUACCAAAAAGUACUAUGUCUGCAUCAGGGGACAUGAAAGAGUCCCCAACAGCUUUAACAUCCUCAACUGUUUGUGGUUUCACUUCUGCCUCCGACAUGCUUGCCAGUACACUAAUAGAAAAAGAAGAAAGCAUGCCCCCUCCUUCUAAACCAGCAGUGUUUCUUUCAGCAGCCGAAUUGUUGAGAAAGAAUAAUCAGGUGCAGAAGAGUGAUCCCCCCUUGCCAAGUCUUUGGGUGUCCGAGUUGAACAGUUGUGAUACAGAUGAAAGCUCCAAGUCUCCUGUUUGUGUGGAGAAUAUCAAGGAUGAGAGUCGGUCAAGUCCUUCCUCUUCUCCGGGACUCUUCAGCACCAUUGGCAAUAGUGUGAUACCCAGCUCAAAUCUGACAAAGCCAAGUGCUUCUAAAAUUACUAAAAAACAGAAACAUUCUGGAUUUCAAAAAGCAAGCAGUGUGAUUUCUAAAAAAGUGACUUUCGAUUUUGAUCAAAACAAAUCUUCUAAUUCUGCGAAAUCGAAAUCGAAAUCAGCAAAGUCUAAAGGGAAAGAAAAAAUCAACAAGAAUGUGCCCCAAAUCACAAACUUUUUCACAAAAAGAUAUGAAGCUGAAGAAGAUAGUUUAGGGGAUACUGACUGUGACUUGGCCGACAUCAAGGUGAAAGUCGCUGAAAAAGAAAUGGUGGAUUCUGACACAAUGGCCACAGACACUGAGCCAGGAGUGGUACUAGUGGCCAAGGCUGACACUACCUCAGAUCUUGUUGAACAUGAGUGUGAUAGGGGGACCAUGGAUACCGAAGGGCCUCUUGCAGCUGUCCAGGUCAAACCUUCCGUGAAGAGGAAUAGGGAGGAUAAGAUAAGCAACAUCACGGCUAAGAAAAGAAGAAUAGAAAUAGACACUUCCAACUCUACCAAACCGAGUCGUAGUUCGAGGUUGUCUGAAGAUCCAUCCAGGUCCAGAGCAGAAAGUCGUAGUUCAAGGUCAACUGAAGGUCAAUCCACUUCCAGAUCAGAAAGUCGAAGUUCAAGGUCAACUGAAGACCCAUCCAAGCCCAGAGCAGAAAGUCGGAGUUCAAGGUCAACUGAAGAUCCAUCCACUUCUGGAUCAGAAAGUCGAAGUUCAAGGUCAACUGAAGAUCCAUCCACUUCUGGAUCAGAAAGUCGAAGUUCAAGGUCAACUGAAGAUCCAUCCAAGCCCAGAGCAGAAAGUCGGAGUUCAAGGUCAACUGAAGAUCCAUCCACGUCCAGGGGAGGAAGUGUGGAAAAGCGGAAGGUUGCCGCAGACCUAGUGGUGAAGUAUCUGACUCCUCACUACAAGAGUGGCAGGAUACCGACAAAGGAUACAUUCAAAAGUGUUGCAAGAGCAUUGUCACAUAAAGUGAUAGAAAAACCUGGAGGAACAGGAAAACCAGAAGAAGUGAAAGAAAUUGUCAAGAAGAUGAUAGAGAAUCUAUUUAAGAAGGUCAAAGUCGUCAAAUCAGUGGAUGAUCUUGCAGAUGUCUGAAGAGAAUUUCUUGGUACCUUUAUAUAGACAUUUAUCAACAACCAUUCAGAAACAGACUUUGAAUUUAAACUGGGGCCAUCUUUAUCAAAUUGAUUUCUUCGCCUUUUACAAUACUUACGUUAAUUUUGUUGUGGGAGUUUUUAUAACUAUGACAAAGAAAUGUAACUAAAAAUUUAUAUCCACUAAGAGAUUCAUUAGCCUUUUGAAAUAUUGUUAUUUUGGGUUAUUAAAUUAUUUAAUGAGAAAUAAUUAUUACAUUCUUUUAACUGUCCAUGUAAUUAAAUUUAAAAAAAUGUAAAAUUAACCAGACUUUUACAAUGAAAACAAAAUGUUGGUACAAUUUCGAUAAUGAUUUCACAAAUUAUAUACUAGAUAAAA